GGCGUUCCGCCUCAUUCGCUGAUCAGGUCCGCGAAUUGUCAGCGCGCUCCGGAGACUGCUGAGCCGGGGCGGCCGCCUGGCUUGCGGUGCUCCCUUCGAGGUGCGGGUCAGAUUCAGUGUGUCCUGGCCCGCCGGGGCUUGGGAAACAACCGGUUCGGGGCAACUUGGAACUGAGAACCUGCAGAAGGGGCGUCGGUCUGUGAUCGGGACUCGGCAAGGAGGAUGGAAAUCCUCUAUGAAUGUGGAAGCCAUUAGCAGAGUAAUUGCUGUCUGUUGCCAUGACAACCAGCCGCUGCAGUCACCUGCCUGAAGUCCUGCCAGACUGCACCAGCUCGGCUGCACCCGUGGUGAAGACUGUGGAGGAUUGUGGCAGCCUAGUGAAUGGGCAGCCACAGUAUGUCAUGCAAGUUUCAGCCAAGGACGGGCAGCUGCUGUCAACAGUAGUGCGGACUCUUGCCACCCAGAGCCCCUUCAAUGACCGGCCAAUGUGCAGGAUCUGCCAUGAGGGCAGCAGCCAAGAAGACUUGCUCUCUCCAUGUGAAUGUACGGGGACCUUGGGGACAAUUCAUCGGAGCUGCCUGGAGCACUGGCUGUCGUCCUCAAACACCAGCUACUGUGAACUCUGCCACUUCAGGUUUGCAGUCGAGCGCAAACCCAGGCCGUUAGUGGAGUGGCUCAGAAACCCUGGCCCCCAGCAUGAGAAGCGGACUCUGUUUGGAGACAUGGUGUGCUUCUUGUUUAUUACCCCACUAGCCACCAUCUCAGGCUGGCUGUGCCUGCGGGGCGCCGUGGACCACCUGCACUUUAGUAGUCGGCUGGAGGCCGUCGGACUGAUUGCACUCACUGUCGCACUCUUCACUAUUUACCUCUUUUGGACACUAGUGUCAUUUAGGUACCACUGUCGAUUGUACAACGAAUGGCGUCGGACCAAUCAGAGGGUGAUUCUCCUCAUCCCAAAGUCUGUCAACGUACCUUCUAACCAGCAGUCCUUGCUGGGCCUCCACUCGGUCAAGAGGAACUCAAAGGAGACAAUUGUUUGAUGUUUGUGUUGGUUGGUUGAUUCGUGUUUUGGGUUUGGAAGUUUCUGCACUGGGGCCAUGCACUGAGCCACCUCCAAGCCCUUCCUUAACCUUGUGGGUCUAAGAACAUCCAGAGCUGUGUUAGCACAUCGCCCGAGCAAUGAACUCUGCCAGAAGAAGGCAAAUGCUGUUUUUCUUCAAAUCGUGGAUGCUGCAAUCAUAUGAUAUUUGCUAAGCUGCCAAACAUGUUUAUUUAGCAGAUACUCUAUGGAAUUUUCUGAACACCUCUUUAACAUGUGAGGAAGGUUGUCCUGCUAAGGAUGCAAUUCAAUUCUUCCUUUUUUAUUACUAUUUCAAAAUAUAUAUAAAAAUAUAUAUUAAACUUAGAUGAUAAUCAAAAUCAAAAAGCCAAUGUAAAAACUGGUUUCUUGGUUUGGAUGGGUUUCAUUUGGGUUAGUUUGUUUCCCGGUUUCUACUGUGGACUCUUUGGGGGUAAUUUGAUAGCUUGAGUGGUAUUUUUCAUCUCUUUCAUGUCUCUUACUCAAAGAGACACCAUAAUGACUACAGAACAGGUCAUAUGUUUAAAGGAUGUUUUGUACUAAACCUCAUUUAAUUAUUCAGUUUUUAAAGGGAAAAAAGGCGUGGCAACUCUCCACACAGUGAGCUGUUUAUUUAAAUAUCAUUAAGAAGAAAAAAAAAAUUAUGGUGAGAAGCACCUCCUUUCAACCUGUUUGGUACUGACAGCUCAUAGAAGCUAUUUUCUAAUAAUAAAUAUCCAGUGUGUGAAAGACAAACCCUACUGAUUGCAAUACUCUUUUUUUAAAUCGUAAAACCUGUUAAGUUUCCCCAAAGUAGGUUUAAAAAAGAAAAAAAAAAAAAAGGAAAAGCAAAAAGAUUGGUGUUAUCCCUCCCCUUUCAUUGAGUGCAUGUCUUAAUUCUGCAUUCCUAAUGAAUUGGUGGAUCAUUAGACAUUUCUAGGAACCCUAGACCUGUUUUGCAUAUCAAUUAGCAUUCUCAUUGCUGUAUUGAAUUUGUAGCUUGACAGGUAGAUGUGACAAAAAAGCCUGUCCUAGCAGCGGUGCACUGAGUCUAAGACCCCUUUGUCUGAUGUUUUUUUAAACCCCACACAGUGCCUUUCCUAACCAUGAGCCAAUUCUGUCACAGGCCGAAACAGACUUUUUCUAAGGGCUUCACCCUUUCAUCCAUCUCAGCUCAGAGGGUCUGACGCUUAGCCUGCUUUGUGUGUGCUGAAGCCAGGCAGCGGACGUGUCUUCCGAGGAGGAUACUGGCUGCAGAGGCUCUUGCAGGGCUGUCCGCCACCCACGCGCGCCGCGAAGAGAGGGCGGGACCAGCUUCCGGGCACGCUUAAAAUAUGGAUUUCUAGAACAUGACCCACAUUCUGAGUAUCAAUGCAGCGUCCGCCUUAUGCUCCCAAGUGGGAGAGCGAAAAGUGCAAAGGAACAUGCAGCAGCGAGGAUAAUGAUUUUUGCCUGGAGAUUGAUGGAGCUGAUGCAGGUGUCCCCUUUGUCGGACGGAGCCCUCCAUUCACAGGCUGCUCCCCGGGCUGCCCGGGGAAAACAGCUGUACUGCUCACCCCCGCAAACCUCAGAUGUGCUUUAUGGCUUGUGACAAUAGAUUUCCUCCCCACUACGCUUCACUUCGACACUUCAAUUCCAGUAAAAUACAUCUCGGCCCUUCUGUUUACGCGGCCCUGCUCACCCCUCUGGGCUGUCAUUAGCUGCGGCACCAUCAACCGUUUCUUAAUUGACCUUUUAAAAAUGCUGGACACCACUGGCUGCACGCAGCUGUCACACAUUAAAUUUCCAGAGCAAAAAGUGCAACUUGGUAGCCUGUAAUUGUGGCACCGUAAUACAUAAAUGACGGUCACCCAGCCUCGUUCUGUGCUCUACUAGUGGCAACCUCUCAACCAAAUGGCAACCUUCCCUAGAGUACCAUACCCUGCCUCUUCCCUGCUUCUUCCAAGAAUUAAGGAAUCCAUGGAUCAGAAUCCAUAUCUGUUGAGGCUGGCUGCAGAGAACCACUAUCACAGGUAGGCAGCCAAUUUUCUGGGGUUCCUGUGCUGAAAAGGGUAGCACAUUAAUCCUAUAUUUGGCCAUGCCUCUUUUCCCUAUAGAUGCAUCCCCAUCCUGGGAAGUAAAGCAGAGUCCAAGGGGGAAGGGGUAGGUUGCUUGUGGGGUGGUGGGCAGGACACCCCUGGCAGCCAGGAAUAGCAUCAGCACAUUUUUUCUCAGGUCACCAUCCUGGACCUCCUAGUGAGAGGCUCUGAUCUCCAUCAAUACCAGGGCCCAUCUGGAAUUCUGAAGACUACUGGGUGGCAUUCAAUCUCUUCUUGGUCUUUUAACCCUGAGGUUGUUCAAGGUGGGAGAGUUUAGGGAAUUGCAGCAUAGGCACAAAGGUACCUAGCCAACACAGCGUGGGAGGGGGCUGCCUUCAUGCCCUGCUGCAUAGAAGGGCUGCAUGUGCCAGGAAAAGGGGGUGCCUUUUGCUAAUUAUCACAAAGUUGCUAGUAGAAUGUCAACAUCCUUGCUAACUUGUUCUCUUCCUUUGCUUCUUUAUUUUUGAAAGAUCAAGAAUGAAGCAGAGGGCUGGGGAUGUGGCUCAAGCGGUAGCGCGCUCGCCUAGCAUGCGUGUGGCCCAGGUUCGAUCCUCAGCACCACAUACAAACAAAGAUGUUAUGUCCGCCGAAAACUAAAAAAUAAAUAUUUAAAAAUUCUCUCUCAAAAAAUAAAAAAAAGAAUGAAGCAGAAAGACAGGUUUGGUGAUGUGCACCUGCAAUCCUAGCUACUAGGAAGGCUGAGACAGGAGGAUUGAGUUUGAGGCCAGCCUGGGCAACUUAGUGAGAUGCUGUCUCAAAAUAAAUAGAAAGAACUGGGGAUGCAGCUCAGUGGCAGGGCACCUGCCUAGCAUGUGUGAGGCCCUGGGUUCAAUCCCUGGCAAUGUUUAAAAAAAAAAAAAAAUGAAGCAGAGGAAGGGACAAGGAGUGGGGGCAGGUAAGUACCCUGGUGUCUCACUGCAUCUCUUCCAUACUCCUUGCUGUGGUACCAUCCUACUCAUUUUUCUUGAGACUGUCAUGUGAAGACAAAUGUGCAUCACAGUAAAGCCAGAGAGGGCAAUUGACAACUAAAACAUGCCUGGUAUGCUCAUGCCCCCCCCCAAGUUUGUGCCUGUUUCUGUGCUUGUCUCAGGGGAGGAGCAUCCACAGAAGUUCUACAGUUCCUCAGAGAACUGUGAGAGCAGACACUGAGAUGAGCUGAAAAUUCAAUUGAGAAUAAAUAAAUGGCACCAUUUGGAAAUUA